GAGGAGCUUCUCUGUAUUCGUCUGACAGUGCCGGUGCGCUGCAGUGAUAGCGACCUAUCGAAAAUAAAACGUCUUCAGUGUUGUCAUCGAACCAAGUGUAGUCAUCCGAAAUAAUAUCUACACAAAACCGUAGACUUCCGCGCAAGAAGAACCAACGGAAUCAACAUAGCCUGACUGCUGUGUUCAAAUUAAACUUGAGAAAAACGAAAUAUGAAACCAUGGCUUAAAUCCACUAUAGGCUGAGUUCUAGUUUACCUGAGAUGUGCACUUUAUAAUGUUAUAUUGCUCUGUUUUGAUUCCAUAAAAAGAGCUGUUAAAGCAGCUGUUGUGUGACAAAAUAUUUUUUUCACUGUUGUUGAUUGACAGUAAUAUUGUGUGAGAGAUUAUGUGUGAAUAACUGCUCCAAGUGAAAAAUGUUCAUAUAAAAUUGAAAAUUGAAAUUGUUAUUUCAGUAAAUAGUUGCAUUUUGCACAUAGAAAAGUGAUUAAUGAUUCCAUGUUGAUGAGAGCAUUAAAAUGGGGGAAAAAUAGGACAAAAAAAUAGAAGGAAAUUCAGAAACGAUAAAAAAUGUGUGAGUAAUCACGCUUAAUUUUUUUGUGAAUUUGAGUUAAUUAUGACAGUUGCAUUUUUAAUUAGAUUAACUAUUUUAAUCGUUUGACAGCUCUAAUAUAAUAUAUUAGAGCUAAUAUAAUAUAUUUUUUUCUGUGUGUGUGUGAAUAAGUGCAUGCAUGUAUCUUUUUCACCGAGCAAUCGAGUACAAAUGCAAUUCCCUUCGAGACCUUUGAGUGUCACUGUUGUCUAAAAGAAGAGGCCACUUCAUCAUGACAAUGUUGUUGAAAAUACAUCUGCAGAAGUUGCUUUCACAAGGUUUAAUCACAUUUUGGUUUUUACAUUAAAGCGGAAGCUCUAUAGCCUCAUAAUAUAAUUAAUGUAACCUAUGUAACACGUUCAUUCAUAGUUAUUUUACAGCAUACAAAAUGAACGAAUUAAUGAACGUGUGGGCGUGAGAAUGUGUAAAGGCGUUAAGGGGAGAUUGUGAUUUUUUUUUCUUCAAAUUGGUGCAUAGAGAAGCAAGGCAUAUAAACAAAAGUUCACCCUGGAGCAUUUUGAAAUCUGGAUGUGAAUUGUGAAGGUAAGUCUAUUAGUUUGGCAGAGGUUGUCAUGUUUUUGCAUGAAAUACUUUGAAUAAUGAGUUUUGUUGCAGUACAUGAAUGUGAUCAUAAGAUACAAGUGCACCUAUCAUUAGUCGAUAUGUUACAGUUUUAGUAGAGAAACGUAAUUUCUGUCAAUAUUAUCAUAAUUUCAGUGAAUAAUGUGCAAAUAUAUGUUUUGACUGAACACGAUGGUGUGACUCGACAAUGACUUGCUGAAUCUAAAUCAUGAAUUGCAUGAAAUUUUAGUGCGGACUCGACUUGAGUUGCUUGAUUUUUGCCACACUAACUUGGUACUUUCUUGAAACUUGAGUGUUAAGACUUGAGAUUGAUGACUUGCAUGUGUGUGACUUAUUCCCACGUCUGUUGUUUCUCAGUCAUCUUCCGGGUAGUAUUGAUGCUGUUGGUCUCCAACAUGAUUCGCCUGCUGUUUCUGGCGUGCCUGUACCAGCAACUGGCGGUGGUGAGCAGUGGCCAAAGAGACGACAUGGAUGGACACAAGGGUGCAAAAAUGGUGCCCUUGCGUCCUUUUCGGGGGAGGGACAAGCGUGGGUGUAGCUGGGCUGCGGUGGGUGAGGGCCACGACAUCUCCCUGGUGGUCACCUGCGCUGACCAGGGAUCCGCUUUUAUAUGUGAGUACAACGCCACACCCUCCUCAUGUCCCGGCUACACCGCCGAUGCCAAACUGUACUGGAAGCAGAUAGGUCGGGCGCUCCGGAGGCACGGGGCUUUGUGCCAGGUGGGCGGCGCGCCUGUUCGAGCAGGGGUGUGCAGGCGUGCACCCCCGGAGGCUCACUUCAGACUUCGGACCAAAGAGGCUCCGCCCACUACCUCAGUGAAGUCAUGCAUCCCUGAGAACCGGAAGUUGGCUCGGGAGUACUGCGAAGAGGCCUGGUCUGAUUUUUGCACCUUUUUGUUCACUAUGGUGCAAGGUGAUGCAUGCUGACAAGUCAGCAUUAGCCACAUAAAAUGUAAAAUGCCGCAGACAGGCUAGCGGCAUCGACAGUCGUGGUGUUGUAACCAAGCGAAACCUUUAGACAGAGAAUAUAACAAUACCCAUAGGCAUAUAUUCUUUAUCCUCAGCUAACACUACUGCAGCUUACUGAGUCUGUUGUGACGGUUUUCUUUGUAUCUUUCUCAAUGGCUCCAUUAUACUGCUCCCUAUUGACCAAGGCGAUGACGAGGGAGUGUGUGUAGGCUGCAUAGUUUCAGGUAUAAUGAGCUUGUGAAAUAACUAACCUUGAUGUGAACCUUGAAAGCAGUUUAAAGAGAACAAAGUACAGAGGAGAUUAAGGGCGAGUGUUGUUGGAAUGGUUGUGGUUAAUGCAGUGGCAGGCCGUGCAUUUCAACCUUAGGCCUUCAGUGACGUCACAUACAUACACAAUAUAGGCUUGUCAAGCAGCACUUAAUUUCAGGAGCAUUUAAAACCAUCAAUAAACGGAUCAUUUGCAUUUUGAAAAUCGGCGAUACAACAGCAAAUAACUGAAAAUGUUGAGCAGCUGAGAUUGAACGAACUUUAGGUGACUACAAUGCGCCAUUAUAAAUUACAGGUGAGCCAAUUUAUUUGAUACAUUUUUGUAUCUUUGUCAUUUUAUUUCAUUACCAUUAAUUUAAUACUAACAAAAUAAAAUGACAAGAAGAAAUGUAAAAUGAAAUUAAUUUACUCACCAAUGUAGUGCCUGUUCACUGAGCUUCAGAUCUAUGCGAGUGUCCCCAAACAUUUUUAAAUGCACCAUAGUUUGUAAGUGCCCAGCCGUGCACCGUUUCCUUGCUGCUCCAGUGUGGCUCCAAACACCAAAUCGGUCAGUUGCAAGCAAUCGGCAUUCCCAGCAGUACAAUUUGCAGCGUUUCUCAGAAGCUGUGAGCCACGGGUACCGUUCAUAAUUGCUCGUCUGAAAAUGACGGACAAACCCUUUUCCUUGCUGGGACAGCGCAGGAGUUGGGCGACCUCUUCGCACAAUAUCCAGCUUUUCGUGGAAGGCCCGUCUUGAAAAUUGUGUGGAAAGUAGUUCUGCAACCAGAUCAACGUCUGAGACUCGUGAUCUGAUUGACUAUUGCAACCUGACUGUGCCUGUUCACUUCCAGCUCACAGGGGCCUGCUCUGUUUAAUCUGAAGGCCCCGAGCAAGUUUAAUGUACCUGGCAACACAAGCUAGCUGAAAUAUGAUAAGAAAUAAGAUAAUAAAUAAGUUAUUUAUCGAGUGGCUUUCAAUGUUAUUUAAAAUAACAUUGAAAGCCAAUCGACUAAGUGGAAAUAUGACGUAAAGAAUACUGAGAACAAUUUUGUUUACAUAUUUAUGAAAAUAAAAUAAAUUAAAUUUAUGUUAUUCUCAGAAAAGUAAAUUUAUUAAAUGUACUUUUCUGAGAAUGUUUAGGCCAGCAGAGAAGGCCUUGCUGGCCCUGACGGAACGCCACUGGGUUAAUGUUUCGGUACGGUUGGUUGAGAGUUUUUCGGGUAGCGUUUGGGGCAGAUUAAUGUAUUGUACGGACCAGACCAGGGAUGGGCAACUUGAAAGCUGGAAGGCGCCAUAAAUGUUUCAUCAGUGCUACUGAUGCACAAAAUACAUUCGCUUAAUAUUAUUUUAAUAAUUCCCUUCCGAAUUCAAUGAGAACUUUUGUUUCAAAGCAAGAGAAUUACAGGGACCUCUGCUAAUGCUUUAAUAUUGCCUCAGACUGGUUAUGAGAGGCUUAAUUAGUCUCAGAUAACAGAAAGAUGAUUUGACCAAUAGGAAAUAAAUUAACAAUUCAAUUCGCAUCAUCAUAGACCGUUAUCAUGGAAUCAGGAAUAUGAGUGAUGCAAUUAGGUUCUCCUAAGUGUGUUUUAAUUUGCGCAUUGCAAGAAUUGUGUUGAUUUGUUUUCUGUUGCCAUCAUUUGGAUUGUCUCUGUUGUUACUAUAUCAUAACUGCUGUAUAAUACAAUAAAUUUUAAAGAAAAUACUGUGUCUGCUGUGGUGUGUUUUUCCUCCGUCUGCAUGUGUGUAUGUGUGUGCGUGUGUGUGUGUGUGUGUGUGUGUGUGUGUGUGUGUGUGUGUGUGUGCGUGUGCGUGUGCGUGUGUGUGGCAAAGGAUGCACACCACCAUUCAGUGUUUUGGUAGAAUUAACUGUUUUGGUUGAGUAAUGGAUAACAUCAGGAUUUUGUUAGCUCAGGGUAGUAUUGUAGUCGGUGCUUGUGUUAGUUAGCUCUUAAGUUCGAUCAAGGUUAUCAUUCUGGAUUCGGCGAGGGUGAACGUUUAUGUCCAGGUAAGUUCUUGAGCUAAAAUCCUCAUAGAAUAGCGUGUUAGGGUAUCUGUAUUAAUGAGGCCCGCUGCACACCUUGUGGCCUAGUCAAACGCAACUGAGCCGUUGCACAGCGUACAAGUCACUGCAACUAGUUUUGCUGAGGUUCUUUUGUUCUGCUUGAUACUUUGCACAUUGUCUCUCAGCUGUCAUUGGGUGGUACCACCGCGCAACGGUACCCUUACAUUACAGGAUGUCCUUCCAUACUUCCUUGUUUAUGAUGAUACUCGUGUAGCCUAUACUACCGGAGACAAAUUCCUUGUGUGUUGUACAUACUUGGUCAAAAAAGAUGAUUCUGAUUCAACAUUUGAAUCCUAGGUGAAAGCC